AUUAAAGUUUAACCCAUUCUCCAUUCGAGGACAGUAUCGGCCCAAAAGAGCCGAACAUAUCAUACCGCCUAUAGCAGAAAACGACGCGUUUCGAAGCCAUUGCACAGUCUCUCUCUCUCUCUGCCUUUGUGCGUUGUCUGAGCGAUGAGCACUCCAGCAGUGGAAAACGACGCACUGGAGAAAGCCGGUAGUGCCACCGAAGCUCUUUACUUAACUCGAGAUACCUACUUUCCGGCGAACCCCGACGACAAAAUCGCCAGACUAAAAUCAGAAUCCGAUCUCGCUCUCAACCUCCUCGAUUCCAUUCCUCCCGAGCAAAGGAAGCUUCUAACGCAGCGUGCAAGGUACGAAUAUCUGAGAGGAAAGAUAUUGGAUGUAUUGCCGGAGUAUAAAAGAGAGGCUGAGGAUCAUCUCUCGAAAGCGGUUAAGCUGAAUCCAUCUCUUGCGGAUGCGUGGCUGUGCUUAGGUAACUGCAUUUGGAAGAAGGGAGAUCUGUCUUCGGCCAAGAACUGCUUUACUCUUGCACUAAGCAAAGGUCCAAACAAACAGAUACUAUGUCAACUCUCAAUGCUCGAAAGGAAAAUGGCCCAAGGUGCUGAUAAUCAGGCAGAACUUGUUGAUGAAAGCAUAAAACAUGCCAAGGAAGCUAUAGCUUUGGAUGUCAAGGAUGGGAAUUCAUGGUACAAUCUUGGAAAUGCAUGUCUUACAAGUUUUUUUGUGACCGGAGCCUGGGACCACGCCAAACUUCUGCAGUCUCUAAAGGCAUACCAAAAUGCUGAGAAAGAUGAAAGGAUGAAAUCUAAUCCAGACCUGUACUUUAACUGUGCUACUGUAAACAAAUAUCUAGAAAACUAUGAAAUGGCCCUUACUGGAUUUGAAGCUGCUGCUUUAAAGGAUCCUGGUCUCAAUGCUACUGAAGAGGUUCAAAAGAUUGUAAACCUCCUUGACAAGCUAGAUAAUUUGUUACAGGGACAUGCCAGAUCUAAACGACUUGCAUCUUUAGCAUCAUCUCUGGCUGUGGUAAAUUUGAAUUCGUCAUAUAAAAGAGCUACUGUAAAUCUUUUAUCAGAGGGUCUGAACAAAGCGGUAGCAGUAGUGGGGAAAGUGCUAUUCUUCAUUAAGCAUGAAAAUGUUGCUCCACUGUACUAUUUGGCAUGCGAUCCAGAUCAAGUAUGCUUUGUUCUGUCAGUCUAUGGCAUUCAAUAUGAUUCGAUCAAAGAAGGAGACCUGAUAACACUAUUGGAUCCCUUAUACCGGCAGGUCGAAUUUUCUUGGAAAGAAAAGUUUUACCAGUUCAAAUCAUUUCGUGUGGAUUUCAAAGAACAAUUGCUUGUGAAUGGAAAGGCUCUGACUCCUCACCAAGCAGUCCGCACCUCAAUUCAUGCACAGCAUAAACCAUGAGUAGGGAUAUUUGGUGCAGUACUUUUGAGUAGGUACUUUUGUUUGUCUGCUAUUGAUUUUAAUGGUGUAUUAUUUGUGAAUAGAUUAGGGGAUGGAGAAAAAGAAGUUAUAUGGGUAACUGAGUAAAUUUUCCGACAGAACAAAAAAGAAAAAAAUCAGGUUCUUACACAUGUGUCAAUCUCUGAUGUAUCAACAUUACAGAUGCCAUUUUCCUGUUCAUUUACUUUUUCUCUUCUGUGCGACU